CAUCAGGGAUCACCCUUGCACCUUAACACGCAUAUAAAAAAAAAUAAUAAAAAAAAUGCCUGCCGACUACAAUGGAACGUGGGAGAUGGAAAGCAACGAAAACUUUGAAGGCUACAUGAAAGCUCUUGAUAUUGACUUUGCAACACGUAAAAUAGCUCUACACCUGAAUCAGACUAAAGUGUUUUCUCAGAACGGUGAUAAAUUUGAGACAAAAACACUGAGCACAUUCCGAAACUAUGAACUGAAUUUUACUGUAGGAGUCGAAUUUGAAGAGCACACCAAAGGGCUGGACAACAGGAAGGUCCAAACACUUGUGACGUGGGAUGGCGAUAAACUAAUCUGUGUACAGAAAGGCGAAAAAAAGAACAGAGGUUGGAAACACUGGAUUGAAGGUGACAAACUACACUUGGAGGUGACGUGCGAGGACCAAGUGUGCCAUCAGGUUUUCAAGAAGAAAAAUUAAAGCUUUUUUAGUAUCUUUUUGUUUGUGUCUUUAACACAGUAAGUUUUAAUA